AUGUUUAAAUCAUUAAUUUCCAUUUCAUUCGAAUCAUCAGAAGUAUCCUCAAACUUUGCUCAAUUAAAUAAUGGUGUCUGUUUUUCUUCAUGUAAAAGUGCAAUUGAAUUAAAAAGCAGUCAAACAUCAACAUUCUUUACAAGACCAAAUUUCUAUCAUAUUUAA